GAAGAAGCUCACACCUCCGGUGUGUUGAUUAUUGGGAUUCGCAAAGAUGCCCACUCACAGGUUCUCCACCUCUCCAGGAACAAGCGCUACACCUUCACCCCUGAGAAACUAAAAUGGGACAAGUUCAAGCUCACAUACAAGUAUGGAGAUUACUUUUUUUCACUCUUUCCUUUCUAACCAAAAGUUUACUGCCUAAAAACAAAAGGAAAUGCUGUUUUAUUUGACUUCAGACAUAUUUACGAGGGACGGUUGUCUUAGAGCUUUAUUCAGGUGUUUUGAUAGCGGCCAUUGAUUUAACUGAUUUCUGCUGUUGUAAUAUGCCAAGUGGUUUCCUCAGAUAAUCACAUUGUGUCUGUGCAGGCUGCUCUCUUUCCCAAGGAACCUGAUGAAUGCCAGUGACACGCGCCGGGGCAUCGCCAAAGCCUUCACUAUGUGGAGUGACGUCUCACCCUUCAGCUUUAGAGAGCUUCCCGCUGACCAGGAGGCAGACAUCAAGAUAGGUGGGGGCACAACAACAUAUACUGUACCUAAAGCAUAUCAGGCAUGAUGACUCGCAUAUAGCCCUAUUCUAGUAGUAGGCCUACACAGUGAAAUGGGCCUGAAAUGCCAUCAGCAUUUGAAUUUAACAAAUCUGCCUCUACGGUAUAGUUAUCUAAUGUUCAGUGUGAAUUAUGCCUGAGAAAGAGUCUUGUACACUUUCCAAGCAUGUGUAAUAAUUUUUAAGUGACCUAAAUCAUGCCGAAGCUGUCCCAGUGGGAGCACCACGGUCUGCGACUCUUGUUCCAUAAAUACAUUAUUGGUGCAAAUGUGAGAAAUGUCUGUCAUCCCCAGGGGGGUUGAAAAGUUUGUCCUUUGAAAUCCAUCAUCUUCUAGACUGUAUGUAGAAUGAGAUAGAGGCUGGAGACUAAGGUACAGCUCUCUCUUUUUGGCAGGCUUCUACCCCAUCAACCAUACAGACUGUCUGCAGUCCUACUUGCACCACUGUUUUGACGGCAUUACCGGCGAACUGGCCCACGCCUUCUUCCCCCCGACGGGGGAGAUACACUUUGACGACCAUGAGUAUUGGAUUCUGGGAAACAUGCGCUUCAGCUGGAAAAAAGGCAUGUACCUCUUUCCGGUUUUUGUAAGCUGCUGUUGUGCACUCAGCACCAAAGCUACUUUCUGGAUAUCCAGUUCAAUUAUUGUCAGAUGCACUGGGUUGAAUAGUAUACAUUGUUGUAGACACUGUAGUUGGUAAUUAUGUCUUGAAGCUGGAAAAGUACACAGUGUAAUACUGUUCCUAAAUGUGUAAUGGUUGGUUACUGUGAUCUUAUAGCAGGAAUGGGCAACUGGCGGCCCCCCUUUUGAAGGCCCUGGGAUCAAUUUGGUUGUUCAUCAACAGUUUUUCUCUUGUUAUGUCAGUCACUGAUAGUCACUCAGUUAGCCCAUGUCAGCUAAAUUUUUUAAAAUUAGUCUAGUCCAUUCAUCCAAACUUCUUGCGGGCAUCUGCGUAGCCAGGCUCUAAAAUAGAACUUGGUUGACACUUGACUACUCAUUGGUUUUUACAAGCAGAUACCCACGUGCGUGAUUGAAAGAUGAGCGAGGUCCAGUUGGUGGUGGUAAUGCUCCUUAAAGUUGGUUGCCAACCGCAAUAUCAAAUCCACAGACGAAGAAGAAGAAGAAUGAACGGGGAGAGAUUAAUCAAAGAAAAUGUACUAAAAACUAACUAGGUUUCCCUUUUUUAUCUGUGGAUUAAUUGUUGGAGUAGAGAAUAAAUGAUUUUGUAUGACCAUAUGCAUUUCAGGUAAAAUAACAACCCAAUGUUUAUCUCCCAGGACAAAUUAACAGCAAGCUAGCUAAAUGUCCAUGAAUGUUUCAUGUGUUUCGACCUGUCCCAAAAUUAAUAUAGUUGGUUCACAGUUGGUUUUGGUAUUUUAACCUCUGUGUCUUUUCACAGUCCCCAGGUCCAGAACAAAUUCAAGGAAACGUAUAGUAUUAUACAGAGCCAUGAGUGCAUGGAACUCCCUUCCAUCUUAUAUAGCGCAAGUGAACAGCAAAUUUGGUUUCAGAAAACAAAUAAAGCAACACCUCAUGGCACAAUGCCUCUCCCCCAUGUGACCUACUUGUUGUGUAUAUGUACUGACAUGUACAGUAUGUGUAAGUGAUAGAUGCACACACACACACUACAUGUUAAUAUUUUUAAAGGUACAGUGCAUUCGGAAAGUAUUCAGACCCCUUGACUUUUUCCACAUUUUGUUACGUUACAGCCUUAUUCUAAAAUGGAUUAAAUUGUUUGUUUUCCUCAUCAAUCUACACACAAUACCCCAUAAUGACAAAGCAAAAACAGGUUUUUAGAAAUGUUUGCAAAUGUAAAAGUAAAAAACGGAAAUAUCACAUUUACAUAAGUAUACAGACCCUUUAGUCAGAACUUUGUUGAAGCAACUCUGGCAGCGAUUACAGCCUCAAGUCUUCUUGGGUAUGACACUACAAGCUUGGCACACCUGUAUUUGGGGAGUUUCUCCCAUUAUUUUCUGCAGAUUCUGUCAAGCUCUGUCAGGUUGGAUGGGGAGAGUCGCUGCACAGCUAUUUUCAGGUCUCUCCAGAGAUGUUCGAUCGGGUUCAAAUCCGGCUGGGGCCACUCAAGGACAUUCAGAGACUUGUCCUGAAGCCAUUCCUGUGUUGUCUUGGCUGUGUGCUUAGGGUCGUUGUCCUGUUGGAAGGUGAACCUUUGCCCCAGUCUGAUGUCCUGAGCGCUCUGGAGCAGGUUUUCAUCAAGGAUCUCUUUGUACUUUGCUCCAUUCAUGUUUCCCUCGAUCCUAACUAGUCUCCCAGUCCCUGCCACUGAAAAACAUCCCCACAGCAUGAUGCUGCCACCAACAUGCUUCGCCAUAGGGAUAGUGCCAGGUUUCCUCCAGACGUGAUGCUUGGCAUUCAGGCCAAAGAGUUCAAUCUUGGUUUCAUCAGACCACAGAAUCUUGUUUCUCAUGGUCUGAGAGUCCUUUAGGUGCCUUUUGGCAAACUCCAAGCGGGCUGUCAUGUGCCUUUUACUGAGGAGUGGCUGCAGAGAUGGUUGUCCUUCUGGAAGGUUCUCCCAUCUCCACAGAGGAACUCUGGAGCUCUGUCAGUGAGCAUCGGGUUCCUUUUCUCCCGAUUUCUCAGUUUGGCCGGGGACCCUCAAUGCUGCAGAAAUAUUUUGGUACCCUUCCCCAGAUCUGUGCCUCGACACAAUCCUGUCUCAGAGCUCUACGGACAAUUCCUUCGACCUCAUGGCUUGGUCUUUGCUCUGACAUGCACUGUGAACUGUGAGAUCAUGUCCAAUCAAUUGAAUUUACCACAGGUGGACUCCAAAGAAGUUGUAGAACUAUCUCAAGGAUGAUCAAUGGAAACAAGAUGCACCUGAGCUCAAUUUCGAGUCUCAUAGCAAAGGGUCUGAAUACUUAUGUAAAUAAGGUAUUUCAGUUUUUAAUUUGUAAUACAUUUGCAGAAAAUUCUAAAAACCUGUUUUCUCUUUGUCAUUAUGGGGUAUUGUGUAUAGAUUUAUGAUAACAUAUACAUUUUUUGGAUACAUUUUAGAAUAAGGCUAUAACGUAACAAAAUGUGGAAAAAGUCAAGGGGUCUGAAUACUUUCCGAAUGCACUAAUGGAUUGAAUAAAUACAAAUCCUCAUAAUGACAAAGCGAAAACAGGUUUUUAGAAAUUGUUGCAAAUGUAUUAAAAAUAAAAAACAGAAAUACCUUAUUUACAUAAUUAUUCAGCCCCUUUGCUAUGAGACUUGAAAUUGAGCUCAGGUGCAUCCUGUUUCCAUUGAUCAUCCUUGAGAUGUUUCUACAACUUGAUUGGAGUCCACCUGUGGUAAAUUCAAUUGAUAGGACAUGAUUUGGAAAAGGCACACACCUUUCUAUAUAAGGUCCCACAGUUGACAGUGCAUGUCAGAACAAAAACCAAGCCAUGAGGUCGAAGGAAUUGUCCCUAGAGCUCAGAGACAGGAUUUUGUCGAGGCACAGAUCUGGGGAAGGGUACCAAAACAUUUCUGCAGCAUUGAAGGUCCCCAAGAACACAGUGGCCUCCAUCAUUAUUAAAUGGAAGAUGUUUGGAACCACCAAGACUCUUCCUAGAGCUGGCCGCCCUGCCAAACUGAGCAAUCGGGGGAGAAGUGCCUUGGUCAGGGAGGUGACCAAGAACCUGAUUGUCACUCUGACAGAGCUCUAGAGUUCCUCUGUGGAGAUGGGAUAAACUUCCAGAAUGACAACCAUCUCUGCAGCACUCCACCAAUCAGGCCUUUAUGGUAGAGUGGCCAGACGGAAGCCACUCCUCAGUAAAAGGCACAUGACAGCCCACUUGGAGUUUUCCAAAAGGCACCUAAAGGACUCUCAGACCAUGAGAAACAAGAUUCUGUGGUCUGAUGAAACCAAGAUUGAACUCUUUGGCCUGAAUGCCAAGCCUCACGUCUGGAGGAAACCUGGCACUAUCCCUACGGCGAAGCAUGGUGGUGGCAGCAUCAUGGUGUGGGGAUGUUUUUCAGUGGCAGGGACUGGGAGACCAGUCAGGAUCGAGGCAAAGAUGAACGGAGCAAAGUACAGAGCGAUCCUUGAUGAAAACCUGCUCCAGAGCCCUCAGGACCUCAGACUGGUGGCGAAGGUUCACCUUCCAACAGGACAACGACCCUAAGCACACAGCCAAGACAAUGCAGUAGUGGCUUCGGGACAAGUCUCUGAAUGUCCCUGAGUGGCACAGCCAGAGCCCGGACUUGAACCUGAUCGAAUAUCUUUUGAAAGACCAGAAAAUAGCUGUGCAGCAACGCUCCACAUCCAACCUGACACAGCUUGAGAGGAUCUGCAGAGAAGAAUGGGAGAAACUCCCCAAAUACAGGUGUGCCAAGCUUGUAGCGUCAUACCCAAGAAGACUCAAUGCUGUAAUCGCUGCCAAAGGUGCUUCAACAAAGUACUGAGUAAAGGGUCAGAAUACUUAUGUAAAUGUGAUUUCAUUUUUUUAUUUUUAAUAAAUUAGCAAACAUUUCUAAAAACCUGUUUUUGCUUUGUCAUUAUGGGGUAUUGUGUGUAGAUUGAUGAGGGAAAAAAACAAUUUAAUCAAUUUUAGAAUAAGGCUGUAACGUAACAAAAUGUGUAAAAAGUCAAGGGGUCUGAAUACUUUCCGAAGGCACUGUAAAUUGUGAAGUAUUUUGUCUGUAAUGUCUCUUUCAUUAUGUUUCGUACCACAGUAAGACCAGCUGUCGCCAUUGGCGUUGGCUAAUGGGGAUCCUGAUAAAUCAAAUAAAUGAACGCGUCUGGUGGGGAUAGACAAAAUCAACAUGCGCACGCAGAUGCACACGCGGAGCCGGUUUGGUUAGUGUGGCUUUUAUUAGCAAAUAUAUACUACCGAACAAAGAAAUAUCAACAUUUAUAAUCAUUACUUGUGUUCAAACGUAUGAAGUUAUCAAAAUGUCUGUUGAUCAGUGGCCUCUCAAACUGUACACUUCUAUGAGAAUUUGACCCCUGAGAGUGUGGCAGUUUGAACAAAACAGUUUCAAGAGCAUAAAACCACAAGAAAACCAUAAAAACAUUUUAAAUUGAUGCUUUUCGCCCCACUGUCACUAACCACGUUUCCAUCCACAGUUUUUAUGAAAGUAAAGUCACAUGCUAUUUUUAAAAAAAAAUCACUAGUGUGAUGGAAACAGAAGGUGUCAGUAAAAUUUAGAAAUGUCGACAAUUUGUUUGUUCGACAUGGUGGGAUGUUUUUGUCGGUAAAAUUAAUUAUGUGACGAAUUGCGGUGGAAAUUAUUUCUUGUUGAUAUCAUGAUGUCGAGGUUUGCAGUCACUUGAUGCUAUGUUGUGUGGUCCUCCCACUGCAACUUGGAAAAGCAUGCACAGUUUAGGCUACAGGGUGGUGAAAGUACACGGUGAUGAGCUUAUGCUCCUUUUUAACCAUGGCCCUUCAUGAUGAGUUCAGACUUUUUGUGGCCCCCACCACCAUCAAAGUUGCCUAUCUGGCUUAGAGCUUUGCAGCUUGUGGCGUUGUUGUUAGAUCAACUGUAUUUCAGUCUUGUCUCCUUCAUCGACACUGAUCUGAAAAGACAGGUAUAGGUGAAAGCCAUAUGUUGUUAACCCACUCAGGACUAGCUUCCAUGUGUGUAGUUCCUUUAGAUACACUACAUGACCAAAAGUAUGUGGACACCUGCUCGUCGAACACGUCAUUCUAAAAUUAUGGACAUUAAUAUGGAGUUGGUCCCCCCUUUGCCGCUAUAACAGCUUCCACUCUUCUGGGAAGGCUUUCCACUAGAUGUUGGAACAUUGCUGCAGGGACUUGCUUCCAUUCAGCCACAAGAGCAUUAAUGAGGUUGGGCACUGAUGUUGGGCGAUUAUGCCUGACUCGCAGUCGAUGUUCCAAUUCAUCCCAAAGGCGUUUGAUGGGGUUGAGGUCAGGGCUCUGUGGAGGCUAGUCAAGUUCUUCCACACCGAUAUUGACAAACCAUUUCUGUAUCUACUUUGCUUUGUGCACUGGGGCAUUGUCAUGCUGAAACAGGAAAGGGCUUUCCCCAAACUAAUGCCACAAAGUAGGAAGCACAGAAUCGUCUAGAAUGUAAUUGUAUGCUGUAGCGUUAAGAUUUCCCUUCACUGGAACUAAGGGGCCUAGCCCGAACCAUGAAAAAGAAACGCAGAACAUUAUACCUCCUCCACUGAACUUUACAAUUGGCACUAUGUAUUCGGGCAGGUAGCGUUCUCCUGGAAUCCGCCAAACCCAGAUUCGUCCGUCGGACUGCUAGAUGGCGAAGCGUGAUUCAUCACUCUAGAGAACGCGUUUCCACUGCUCCAGAGUCCAAUGGCGGCGAGCUUUACACCACUCCAGCCGACGCUUGGUAUUGCGCAUGGUGAUUUUAGGCUUGUGUGCGGCUGCUCGGCCAUGGAAAUCCAUUUCAUGAAGCUCCCGACGAACAGUUAUUGCGCUGACGUUGCUCUAAGAGGCAGUUUGGAACUCGGUAGUGAGUGUUGCAACCGAGGACAGAUUAUUUUUAUGCGCUUCAGCAUUCGGCGGUCCUGUUCUGUGAGCUUGUGUGGCCUACCACUUCGCGGCUGAGCCUUCGUUGCUCCUAGAUGUUUCCAGUUCACAAUAACAGCACUUACAGUUGACCGGGGCAGCUCUAGCCGUGCAGAAAUUUGACAAACUGACUUUUUGGAAAGGUAGCAUCCUAUGACGGUGCCACGUUGAAAGUCACUGAGCUCUUCAGUACGGGCCAUUCUACUGCCAAUGUUUGUCUAUGGAGAUUGCAUGGCUGUGUGCUCGAUUUUAUACACCUGUCAGCAACGGGUGUGGCUGAAAUGGCCAAAUCCACUAAUUUGAAGGGGUGUCCACAUACUAACUAGUGUAUUUCCGUGGAUGAGGAAAAUAAGAGGGAAAGGACAAUAGCCACUUUAGACUCAAGAUGCACCCCAAUUGCCGAGACAGAAUUAACAGUGUUGUGUUGUUAUUUGUGCAGGGGUGUGGCUGACAGACUUGGUCCAUGUAGCGGCUCACGAGAUUGGCCACAUCCUGGGCCUCAUGCACUCCCUGAACCCUAAAGCCAUCAUGCAUCUGAACGCAACUCUGACGGGGCGCAAGCUCAUCACACAGGACGAGGUGUGGGGCUUGCACCGACUCUACGGUACGCCAAGCGCCCACAAGCAAAUAGCCCUACAUUACAGACACAGAGAAACAAUGGUAUUACAUUGUUUUGUAGCACAAAACAACCAAUCGGUACUUAGCAUAUUUUAUACUUUAAAGAACCAAUUUAUAUAGGGUUUAUAGAGCAUUCAUUAAGUCUUCAUAAGCACUACAUAGCUGCUUCACAAAUAAUUUAGACGCAACACCAUUGCCUGCUGCAAGUAAAUGUGGCAUUAUUGAGUAUUGUUGAAUCUCUCAUAAUACAGUGAGUCAUUGUAAUUGUGCAGGCAGAUUGUCUUCCCAAAUGGCUUUGCUGCUGCUAAAGUUGCUCUCUGGUCCCUCUCUCCCCACUCCUUCUUCUCCUCCUCUCCUGUAGGCUGUUUGGAUAGAUUAUUUAUCUGUCCAGCCUGGGCGAGGAAAGGCUAUUGCGACAGCAAGCGCAAGCUCAUGCAGAAGCACUGCCCCUCCAGCUGUGAUUUCUGUUACGGUAAGAGCAGCACUGCAGAGGAAAAAAUGAUUACAAUCAAUCUACUGGUGCAAGGAAUUGCUCAGUAACGUUUGCCAAAGCAGCGAAACGCAGCCAACAAAGUCCAGCCAUGCAGAACCAUGAGGGUUUGCAGCCCUUCUGAUUUAAAGGCAGAUUAGAUACUUGCCUGUGGAGUAGUCAUUCACAAAGAAUUAACUCUGGAUGAGACCCAGUCUGCCUUACAAAGCAUGUCAGUGAGGCACCUCGACAGCUUGAAUUCCCAUAACCUCCACAGCCAGUCUCACCAGGGCCGAGGCCUCCAGUUGCACAACAGGUUAUGACUCCUCCUCACCCCGGCAGCCAUAGAUUGUUGUGGGUUUGUCCGAUUUUUGUGUGUAACAAGGGAGAACGUGGAGGAGAGAGGAUACCAUUCCUUGCUCCUAAUAUGUUCCUCAUUGUUGAUUGGGAAACGUUGUACGGCUGUGGAAAAUUCCAGAGUUACUCCAAACCACUGGAAUUUCAGACUGUGGCUUGAGACACGGAAGGUCAAUUUGGGAUUUUUGUGGCCCAAAGUAGUGGCUGUCUUUUAAAAAUACUUCCAGCUGGUCAUGAGGCACAACGUUGAGAUUACACUGAUAGAAUGGCUGUAGCACUUAGGUAGCCCUAAAUUAACUAGCUAGACAAUGUCCUUCAUCGUCUACAAAUGGCUUCUGACAGGUGCCAGUGACUUUUUUAUGCACAACAUGUAGAUAGAUAGGAGGGAGAUAUUACGCUUAAUUUGAGUGCUUAUAUCUUGGGGGAUAAUUUGAAGUUUAAUGAUCCUAAAUUCCCACUCAGAUCAGGGUAAACAAUUUGUAAGGCGGCAUUUUCUGGGAGCUUCUUAGUUUACUUUUUGGAGUAAGCAUGUCAUGAAAAGACAUUAACAUCCCCAUUGUGAAAUGAAAGCCAUACUAUACAGUCAUGUCUGGUUAAGACUUUAUACAGAAGUGGAUAUCCCAGCCUUUAGCCUUGUGUUCCCUAACUCCUCAGAGUUCCCCUUUCCCACCGUGGCCCCCACCCCCACCCCCCAACGGACCAAACACAAGCUGGUGGCUGAGGGGAAGAAGCUCACCUUCCGAUGUGGGAAGAAAAUUGCAGCUAAGAAAGGCAAAGUAUAGUGAGUAUGGAUUAUUUAGUCCAACAUCACUUCUAACAAAUCAUGAUAUCCUACCAACAAUGGAUUGAAUUUAAAUGGAUUUGACCCCAAUCCUGAUAUUAUGCGCUCUCUGAAAGAUCUUUCUAAGCUAGGUGUAUUUACUUGUGUUUCCGUAGCUGGUACAAGGACGGAGAGCUUCUGGAGUACUCCCACCCUGGCUAUCUCUCCUUAAAGGACGACCACAUCAGUAUUGUGGCCAAUGCUAUCAACGAGGGCACAUACACCUGCAUUGUGAGGAAAAAGAACAAGGUCCUCACCAACUACUCCUGGAGGGUACGUGUGCGCUUCUGAGGGCGAUGCCACCCUCUGCACACAGAAGCACUGGGUAUUAGCACAGACACAAGACCAUAGAAAAAUAAUUCCUAGAAAACGCAAAGCCCCUCAGACCACUGCAAUUUCACUGCACCCUCUUGGGUACACUCAAAAUGGCCACCAGUCCACCUAUUGACUUGAAUGUGGAUGUCCGU